CGUAGAAGGCGUGUCCAAACAAAGGACAGAGGGGACUCCAGAAUGGGAGACAGUUUUCAUGAGCAGCUGAUCGAGGAUAGCGACUUCCUCAAAGGUGACCGGAGGCUGGACACGGAGCUGGUGGACAAGCUCAUCCUGCAGCUCAACAGAAUAUACCCGCAGAUCCUCUCAGACAAGGAGGCCACCAAAUUCCGAAACUUGGAUGUGCCCACAAGUGUUCGAGUGGGUGAGCUGCUGGCACACCUGCAGGGGAAAGGAGAGGAAGCAUGCAGGGAGUUUUACAGAGCUCUCCACUUGCAUGUAGAGGAGGUAUACUACAGCUUGCCCACACGGCUCCGCCUCAGAGAUAUCUUAGAUCCACUUAAGUAUCCUGGUGUCUACAAUCAGAAGUAUGUUCUGAACGACAGAGGUCCCUUCUUCUUUCUGGGCUGUUUCAGCGUCGCAGUGGGAAUAGCUUUACUCUACUACUACAGUGAGGCUAAAUUGACGGGAGGUAGCCGGGCCCUUGGGAUGGCUGCUCUGGGUUUGAAAAGAAAAGCUCAGGAGGUCCUCAUAUGGUACACCGAAGAAAGCCUUAUGAAGUAAAGGGUGACUAAGUCUCGCAUUGACAGAUCUCCACAGCAACAUGUUAGUGCUGGAGAAUGGGGUGACCCACUCACACUACGUGCUUCAGCAAUACUGCUUUUAUGAAUGCUACUUGUACCAAAGCACAAUCUAAUAUAUCUUUUCAAGAGUUGAAUGCUAAUUUUGUACACAGUUGUACAGUAUAUAAUAUUUUGCUUGCCAUCUUAAAUGAGAAAUAUGGGGCAAAUUCAGAGCCGCGCUUGGCACUGUCCCUUGUAUGUUGUUGUAACUAUUUAAAUGGAUUGAAGGGAUCGAAUACACUCAAGGGAUGAUCGCAGUGAAACCAAAAAAUCGCUGAUUAAGUAGAAAAUCAAGUCGAUCUUGCUGAAAUAAAAUGUGGCAUAAAGCACCUUUUAGAAAACCCAAUCAAAGAAACAAUACAUUAGUGACAAAAUAAGGCAUUUUCUAUGAUGAAAAAUUAACACUUGGAUGUCCAUUCUUAACUAUACAGAAUCAGCUUUCAUUUUUUAUCACUUCAAAAAGAAUAGUUUAAUUCAUCAGUACGUUUGCAGCCAUAUAAUAAUUAUGUUCUAAUACACAAAGCAUCUCCAUGUAAUUCUUUGCGGUGUGCUGAGCCAUAUAUAUCUGUUUGGUUAGUAAAGAAUUACGUUUUAACGUUUUUCUGCUCUGAUACCACUGAUGUCAAGCACACUGAGAUACACUUCAAUGUACCUCCCAAACUGAAUGAGGCCAAGCUCUUGGUAGAACAUAAGCGCCCUCUUGUGGUCAAAAGUGAGAAAAACAUCACUAAAUGUAGUCUGGCAUGUGUUGGUUUCAUAAGAGCUUCCUGAAAUUCUGUAACUCACACUGAGACAAAAAAUAGAGAAAUUAUUUCAUGUGAUCAACCAGAAUUAAUGCGGAUCCUUUCCGUAUGAUAAUAUUUGGAACGACUUCAUUGUGAGCGUAGCAAUCACGUAACUGCGUGUGCCAAUGAUAUCCCGCUCUACCAGCGCAGUGCAUUAUGGGUACCGUUACGACUGAACCAAAAUAUACGAACGUCGAAUUAAUAAUCUUAAUAAUGAUGAGUAAACGUUGAUCAGUCGCUUUUAAACGAAUCAGACAAAGUUUGUAUUUGCAACAGGAAUCGAGCGUAUAGCACGGAAAUCGCACCGUAAGUGAAAAGAAGUCGAGUUAUUCUGUGUAUAUAAAGUGACGUUGCAGUUUCAGUACAUUGUGUUGUAUGAAAGGAGAGAAGGUUAGCACUCCCCUUGACAAGGAUGGAAUAGGCCCUUGUGGCCUUCAACACACAUACGGUUAAGGCAUUGCCACCUACUUCGUGGCAUCUCUAACCAUGUUUUUUCAUGUGUUACAUUUUGACGUUCUGCAAAUGGUGCCUUACUCUCUCACUCUCUUCACUGCGUAUUUUCUUCUCUCAAACCCGUCUCCUGUUCUCACCACGCACUUGAAGACCGGAAGUGUGCCCGACUAUUUUCACAUGACUUUGUUUCCGCUGGGUGGGGCUGGAUGGAAAAUUUUACGUUUCCUGUUGGUCUGUAGCAUGUUUCUCUCUCUGCUGUCUGUCCCACAGAAGUAGUCAACUAGUUUCUAACAGUAAAAGUACAUUUAAAUGUUUAGCUGUUUCACCCCCCAGCUAUUGCUAGAUUUUAUAUCCUAUAGUGUGGAUGUUUUUGUUCUUACUGUGCCUUUUCAAAGACUGUAUAUUGAUAAGUUCCUUACUGAUAAGUCUAUUUUAGAAACAAAGUCUGACAGUAAAUGAAUUCACCCCCACAUAACAGACUGAUGAAAUGUUAAACUAUUUCAUUAAAAUGUAUAACAACAUAACAGUAGUUAUGAUGGUGCUUUGCUAAACUAUUUCUUUGUGGUAAGGUAUCAGAAGCCAAUAGCAGAAACACCUGCAAGCAUUUAUUACACCUGCAUGGCUUUGUUGUUUUUUCUUGUACUCAACUAUUUUGUUAUAUUGUUCUAAAAGGAAAUAAUGAUGUUUAAUUUCUGAUGGUUGUCAGUUAAAUGUCAUGUUCUGUGUGCACUGUGUUGCAUAAAAAUGCCUUAAAUUUGUAAGUGCCAGAAUUUGUAAAAUUGAGAGUUUUCAUCUUUGUACAAUUAAAAAUAAAAACCACAAUGACAAUAAACAGGACAAUAAACACA